AUGUCAAUCGAAAUUGUCCCGCUGGCUGAGCCCGAUAUUCCGGGUACCGUAGACUGUGUGCAGAGUACCUUUGCAGAUGAUCCUUAUUUCCGGUGGGCAUUCGACGCGUCCAAGUUCAAAGCCGAGCGAAACGCAGCUUCGAUCGCAGCCCACCUUCAAUUCAGCAUCAACUGCGGCUACCCCGUUUACAUUGCGAAAGUAAGCCGCGCAGCAAGCGACCUGAAAUCCAACCACGAGAUCCGCCUAGCUCCAGGAACCGUCGUCGGAUUCAGCUGGUGGACUCCACCCGAAGCAUUCUCUCUCCCACAACCAUGGUUCGUCUGGGCGCAAGAAUGGCUCCUUUCCUUCCGACAGCUCAUGUUCAACAUCCGAUUCGCCGGCCGCGGAGGCUUAGAUGUUCGCCGGUACUGGCUCUGGAAGAAGAGCCAGAAGGACGCGAUGGACGACCUCUGGACCGGGCGCGAAGGCUACUAUUACUGUAGCCUGCUGGGUGUCAGCUCGCAGGUUCGUGGAAUGGGAGUUGGGAGACGGCUUAUGGAUGUCAUUCUGCAAAAGGCGGAUGAGGAGGGUGUCUCUUGCUACCUGGAAAGCUCGAAGGGGUAUCCCAAUAUUGCCAUCUAUGAGAAGAUGGGAUUUGAGCUCUGCAAUGAGAUCAAGUGCGAUGAUAGCGGCAAUGUUUGCAAGCUGUAUGGCAUGACUCGCCUACCCAAGAUCAAAUCUUGA